AUGGAAGAGAAACCGUUCUCAUGUUUAGAGUGCAGGACACGCUUCAUCCUGAGAGCCCAACUUAUGUCACACAAAAGAACUCACACCAUCAAGAAGCUGUUUACCUGUUCGGAGUGUGGGAAGGACUUCAGGCAGAAGUCAGAACUCGCUAGGCACCAAAGAAUCCACACAGCUGAGAAGCCAUCCUCCUGCUCUCUAGCUCCUUUGUCACCUCCUCCUAUGCUAGCCUCCAGGAUUUCUCCAGAGCUGCUCCCAUUCUCCGGCACUCUCUUCCCCAAUGUGUCCAACUGUCUCCUACCCUGUCCACAUUUAGAAGAUCCCUAA